GCCGCCGGUGUGCUCCGCUCCGCCUGCGCGCCUCUCCUUGCCGGCUCUGGCCCGCGCCCGCCCGGCUCCCUAUGGGCAGAGUCGCUGAGGCACUGGUGGAGCUCCAGAGCGCGCCGGAAUUCACGAGCCUGAUCUUGCGGAGUUCUCUGUCGCCCGCCCACCCGGCACAAGCGUCGUCCGGGCAGUGGCAACAUGGCCUUCUCCCAGGUGCAGUGUCUGGACGACAGCCACGUCAACUGGCGUUCCAGUGAGUCCAAGCCCGAGUUCUUCUACAGCGAGGAGCAGCGGCUGGCCCUGGAGGCCCUGGUGGCCCGUGGCAGGGAGGCUUUCUACGAGGUGCUAAAGCGGGAGAACAUUCGGGACUUCCUGUCGGAGCUGGAGCUCAAGCGCAUCCUGGAGACCAUUGAGGUGUAUGACCCAGGCUCUGAGGACCCGAGGGUUGCGGGCAGGCCCCAGGGACCUGAGGAUGAUGGCGUUGGUGACAGCGAGGAGGCCAGCAGGGCAGGUGGAGAUCCCACCGAGGCCCAGCCACUGCCCUCCCUGGAGUACUGGCCCCAGAAGUCUGACCGAUCCAUCCCGCAGCUGGACCUGGGCUGGCCCGACACCAUUGCCUACCGUGGUGUGACCAGGGCCAGCGUCUACAUGCAGCCCCCCAUCGAUGGGCAGGCCCACAUCAAAGAGGUAGUGCGGAAGAUGAUCAGUCAGGCCCAGAAGGUGAUAGCUGUGGUCAUGGACAUGUUCACCGACGUGGACAUCUUCAAGGACCUGCUGGACGCCGGCUUCAAGAGGAAGGUGGCCGUGUACAUCAUUGUGGACGAGAGUAACGUCAAAUACUUCCUGCACAUGUGUGAGCGGGCCCGCAUGCACCCGGGGCACCUCAAGAAUCUCAGGGUGCGGAGCAGCGGGGGAACAGAGUUCUUCACACGGUCAGCCACCAAGUUCAAGGGUGCCCUGGCCCAGAAGUUCAUGUUCGUGGAUGGAGACCGGGCCAUCUGUGGCUCCUACAGCUUCACGUGGUCGGCCGCAAGGACAGACCGGAACGUGAUCUCCGUGCUGUCGGGACAGGUGGUGGAGAUGUUUGACCGGCAGUUCCAGGAGCUGUACCUCAUGUCCCACGGUGUCAGCCUCAAGGGCAUCACCAUGGAGAAGGAGCCCGAGCCUGAGCCCAUCGUGCUGCCCUCUGUGGUGCCACUGGUGCCCUCGGGCACUGUAGCCAAGAAGCUCGUCAACCCCAAGUACGCACUGGUCAAGGCCAAGAGCGCCGAUGAGAUCGCCAAGACCUCCUCAGAGAAGCAGGAGGUCAAGAAGCCCUCCGGGCUGCGGGGCGCCACCCUGGCAGAGCGGCCCGGAGACGUCCUGGAGGCGCCCCCGCCCGUCCACCCCGGCCUGCUCAACCUGGAGCGGGCCAACAUGUUUGAGUACCUGCCCACGUGGGUGGAGCCGGACCCCGAGCCCGGCAGCGACAUCCUGGGCUACAUCAACAUCAUUGACCCCAAUAUCUGGAACCCCCAACCCAGCCAGAUGAACCGCAUCAAGAUCCGAGACACCUCCCAAGCCGGCACCCAGCUAUGGAGGCAAAGCCAGGACUGCAGCCCCGCCCCUGGGCCCAGUGACCCCCAGGAUGGGGGCCCAGCGGAGAACGGCCUUCCCCAGGGGGACCCCGAGCCACAGCCCCCCGUGCCCAAGCCCCGGACGGUCCCUGUGGCAGAGGUGAUUGCCCAGGACAGUGGCAGUGUUGACUGGACCCUGGGGACCCCAGAAGAGGAGACUCCGCAGAAUGGGACAGUCGGCACACCACCCAGGACCCUGGGCCCUGGCCACGCCCCACUGCAGCGGCAGCUGUCUGUGACCCAGGACGACCCUGACGGGCAGGGAGCGGUGAUCCCCAAUGGGCUAGAUGGGGAGGACGAGGAAGAUGACGACGACUACGUGACCCUCAGUGACCAGGACAGCCUCUCGGGCAGCUCUGGCCACGGCCCUGGCCCCCGGCGGCCCUCUGUGGCCUCCUCUUCUGUGUCAGAUGAGUAUUUUGAGGUGAGGGGGCGCUCGGCCCCUCUCCAGAGGCGCCACUCAGAGCAGGUAGCCAACGGGCCGGCCCAGCACCCCCGCCGGCAGCUGAGUGCCCCCCAUGUGACCCACGGGACCUUUGGUGGACCCCUGGGUGGCUCGCUGUGGGCCCCAGGUCAGGAGAGAGAAGAGGCGGGUACUCCGAGGAGGACACAGGCCCCGCAUUCCACAGACAAGGAGACACAGGGCCAGCCCAUCCCCCACUAUAGGGUCCCUGCCUCAGGGACCAGGGAGAAAGAUGGCUUCCUGCGGCCGAUGAGGACCUCGGGACCCCUGCGGUACCGCCCUGCUGCUGAUGGCCCCCAGAGCUCUACCAGGAAAGCAGGCCCGGCCACAACAAGCCCAUACUCCUGGCAGAUCAAGGGGGGCCCCAUGCCCCGCACCCCGGCCGAUCCUGGGACCCCGAGGCCAGCCCGAAAUGCCAGCUCCCAGGCCGAUGGCAGGGUCCCUGAGGAGCAGCCAAGCCCUUUUGGAAUCUCGUACUCCAAACUCUCCCAGUCCAAGCACCUGAAGUCCAGGACGGGCAGUGGCCAGUGGGCCUCCUCUGAUUCCAAACGGAGGGCUCAGGCCCCACGGGACCGCAAGGACCCCUAGCACCCGGUCCCUGGGCCUGGAGCCAUGCGGUCCACGGCCUCUGCCCCAGCCCAGACUCACCAAGCAGGUAUCCGUGGGGCUUUGCCAGGGCCGGGCCGCUGGGCCACCUGGACCCUCCAGAGCCCGGCCCAGAAGGCAGGAGGGUGGGCUGGAUUGACACGCACCUGAUCUGUGCACCAGUACCAGGUGGCCAUGAUGGUCAGACCAAAGGUCAUCCCCGUCCAUGGGAGGUCCCCCGUGUAGGGAUCUCGGAACAUGUGCAUGGCGUCUGCCCGCGGCAGGUGGCAGGUGGUGUUGGCAAUGGUCCGGGAUGGGAUGGCCUGGGCGUAGGCUUCCUCCAGCUGCUCAUACCCGCCAAUCUGGUCAAAAGCUAGAGGGAUCAGGGCAGGACAGGGACAUGUUGGUGGCUGGUGGCCCUGACUCCGGGCCCCCACUUCCCAAGGCAUCAAACUUGACUUUUUCCCAUUCACCUUUCCCGGUGUCUGGAAAGGUAUGGAGGGUAGAGGGUUUAAAAAACAAAAACAAAAAACAGGGGAAUUCAAAUGACUGUUUUAUUUGUAUUUAAUGUAAGAUUAUUAAAUAAGCAUUUUGCACGUGGA